UUGCCAACCGUAGAAGAAGGUGAUGCCAACAACGAUUCAAUCGACGAGGAACAAUAUGGUAAUCCGGAUAAAUUGUCAGAAAAAGGACGUGAGCAAAUCAAGGAACAAGUUGACACUGCUCUUUCUGCUGGUGCAGAGAAAGCAGAAGUAUUAGUCGAAACUGAUGCAAUUUUUAUUGUUUGUAAGGUUCACAAACUGUUAGGAGUCUGCGAUUGCUCUAAAAUUGACUUUCUUAGGGCAAAAUUUACAUUCUUCCGAGCACAAGCCUCCAACUCUUUUCUCUAAUUAGCUAAAAAUGUUUUUCAAUGAAAAUUAAAGUUCAUAAUAUAAGCAGAUUCCUAACAGUUAGAACCAUUUUUUGUUUCUUUUUGUUCUUUUCAAUAAAUUUUUGUGAAAAAAAUGUGUUUUUGAUUUGAAAAAAGUUGGGAAAAAUGAUCAAAAAAUGGUGAAAAAUUGGUGGGAAAAAGUUGAAAAAUUGACCAAAAAAUGGUGAAAAUUUUUUUGGUGCAUUUUUGGUCAAUUUUUGUUCAAAAUUUUUUUGACCAAAAAUUGACCAAUUUUUUGGUCAAACUCCCAGGACCAGUGAUGUUGCCCGCUUCUCUCUUUUUCGCCCCACAGUAAUAUUGUGAGAUGUUAGGAAACAUCUAGUAACUGGCGGCUAGAGGGGAACUAUUAUCUCCUUAUUACUGUGGUUCAGUUGCUGCUUCUGAUGCUCCCUUUUUUAGAGUCUUUAAAGCGAGCCUCAGAUGGGAAAAUGUUUUAACUAGGUGGGCAAUUUUUUACCCGCUUCUCCAGGUUUUUGGGUGAGGUUUGAGUACAUGCCAUCUGGAGGGAUUCUGUUGCUGCUUCUGCUGCUUGCUUCUGCUGCUCGGCACUGGUGCUCAUUCGGGGCACCACGAAUCUUUACAGAUGCGCUUUUAGCGUCAGUGCUUUUUUGUGGGCGCGCUUUUAACACCGGCGACACCGGUGUUUUUUCUUUCGUUUUUUAUUGCAUUUUUUCAUUAUUGUUUUGAAUUGUUGAUUUGUGUGAUCUCGCGUCGUUUGGAAUUUCGCACUUUUUUGAACAUAAGAUUUUCUUCAAAUUAGUUUUCUAUGAAACCAGAAAGCAUUUUAGGCCUUUUUCUUAUGGAAAACUAUAUUUUUACGUCCUUUAGGCCUUUUUCUUAUGGAACAUUAUAUUUUAAGGGGUUGUAGGCCUUUUUCUGACGUUAGAAGCCAACGUUUUGUUAAUUGUUUGAUUGAACGUUUUUACAUGAAAAUUCCUGUUUUCAAAAAUAGUCACAUAGAUUUUGCGUGAGCUCAGGCAGAAUUUUGGAAAUAAUUUUUGUGUGAAAAAUAACGGACAAUAGUUCACUUAAAACGUUUUUACAUGAAAAUUCCUGUUUUCAAAAAUAGUCACAUAGAUUUUGCGUGAGCUCAGGCAGAAUUUUGGAAAUAAUUUUUGUGUGAAAAAUAACGGACAAUAGUUCACUUAUGGAUCAAUUCAUCUGAAGAAAAAAUGAAUUUCGCGACAUUUUUUGUCGCGAAAUUGCAAUUCGUGAAACGACACGAAAUUAACACAAAAAUAAAGGAGAAAUAUUAAAGGGACACGUAAUCGCUGCGAGACCCAACACACGAAAAAAGAAUUUCCUCUUUUAUUUUAUUAUAUUUUCGUGUCGUUUCGCGAAUUGCAAUUUCGCGACAAAAAAUGUCGCGAAAUUCAUUUUUUCUUCAGAUGAAUUGAUCCAUUAUUAUUCACGUGAAUUCGUCUCAUUUUCAUUAAUUUCUCGAAAACUAGUCUGCGAAACGAAAACCAACCCGGAUAAAUCUCUAAAGAGAAAAAUUGGAUUGGAAUCAAGUAAGUACAUAUUUGAUCAAACAAUUAUCGUUUAAAAAACCUACCUAUGUAAGUUCUCCUCAUAAUUUUUCUCCAUUUUAUGUUUCCUCAUAAUAUUUCUCCAUUUUAUGUUUCCUUAUAAUUUUGCUCCAUUUUUUCGAUAGAACAUUUGAAACCAUAUCCUUUGAAUAAGAGUGCGCAAUCUUGACUCGACAUUUUUCCAAAUGAUCAGUGUUUGAGCAUAAUUUCAUUGAACUUCUAGAAGUCUCAAAUUAUAAUUUUUAAAAUUUUAAUUAAAAAAAAAAGAUUACGGUAUACAAUGCACACACGCGGUGUUUGCACACUAUCUCAAUUUUUGAAAUUUUUUUGUUUUCUUCAUUUUCCGUUUUCCCGUGCCAUUCGAGUUUGUAUUUUCGUUUUCACUAUUAUAAGUGAUAAGUGAAAAUGAAUGUUUCAAACCCUUAUUAAUUAAGGUUAUUUUAAAGUCAAACAAGUUCGUAUUUCACAAUUUAUACUCAUUUUUGUGCUCUCAUUACUUUCCAGCUCAUUUGUGCAUGUCUGACUGGCUAUACGUUUUCAUUUCUCGAAUUUUUUCAAAUAUUAUUGAAAGAACACUGCACGGACAUUCAAAUUUCGAAAAAUGCCCCGCGAGAGAAAUAGAGCGAACAGCAUAAAUAUAGAGCGAAUAAGAGAGAAUUCCGACAACAAAUAGGUGAAAUAGCAUUGUCGUAGACAUAAUAACAAAAACGAAAAUAGUAGAGAAAAGACAGAAAGCGCCUCUUGCCCCCCGUCUUCUUUUCCUUCUUCUUCAUUUUUUCGACCGAUAGUAUUUGUGUGGGUCUUCGCAAUAAUUUUUGCGAUUUUUUGAACGCUUCGUUUUUUUUUCAAUUUGUCGCAUGAAAUUGUUUUUUGACAAUGUAAGUAAUUUAUUCAACAUUUUUAUGAAAUUUUCCAGGUAUGGAUCCAACUGGUGAAGAUGGUGUUUUUGCUGUUGAAACCUUGCUGAAAAGCAAAAAGAUCAAGGUUUGUUAUUUAUUGAUUUUUCUGACUGAUAAUAAACAAUCGAAAGAUAUUGAGAAAAAAGAUUAUUAUUUUUCAUCAUAAUCAUAAAUAGUACACUUAUGGACCUAUGCAUAUUAAAAAAUGUAACAUAAUUUAAUAUUUUCUCCGUGAUGAAAAGCGUCGAAAAAAUAUACAGAAUAUUAUUUCGAUUUUGGAUAACGUGAUGAAUUUAAACUCACUAUAGAAUAUCAAACCCAUUAUAUUUCGAAUGUUUUUCUUUUCCCUGAUCGAUAUCUAAAGCAAAUAAACCAAAAAUGAGUAUUUCAUAUACAAAUUCUGUUCUUUGAUUAUUAUUGUUGUAGUCUUCGUUGCCAUAGAAUUUUGACUUCAUACCUCACUUUUUUCAAGGAGACGCAGAGUUUGUUAAAAACUCAAUUUUUUCUCCUCUGAUCGUCUAGCUCUCUAACUCAAAGACAGGCACGGCGCUGGUUUAUUCAGAAAGAGACUAGUUAGAGAAAUACACGAAGAUGUGUGGAUAAUUAGCUCAUAUGAAACAAGGUUUAUAUUAUAUUUUUCAGGGAAAACUACACUAUCUCGUCAAAUGGCAAGGUUGGGACAGCAAGUGAGUUUAUUUAGAGAAAAAACUAUAUUUCAAUAAAAAUAAUGCAAUUUCUUUCAGACACAAUACUUGGGAGCCAGCCGAAAACAUGCUCGAUUCUCGACUCAUCGAAGCUUUCCACGAGCAAGAAGCGGCUGCAAAAGCUGCAGCAACUCCGGCGAAAAAACGGAAUAGUGGAGGAGUCAAAAAGAGUGACACAUCUGUCUCGCCUCCGAAGAAACGGCGUUUGGCUGGUGGAGAUAUUCGAGAUGAAAGUAGUGAAAGCAGUGAUCAUGGUGAGUUUUUUUGGGGUUUUGAAAAACAAAAGCAAGCGUGAUUUUUUACUGUCUAUGCUAAUUAAUUCUAUCAAAAAUGUUGUGAAAAUUUCGGAUCUGAAAAUCACAAAUCAAUUAGGAUGUUCGAAUAAAUGAAAUUUCAGAAAACUUCCGAAAUUUUUUUUUAAAUUGAUAGAUUAAAAUAUUAGUUUUCAAUUUUCUUUCAAAAAUAAAUAGAUCUAUGUCAAUUGUUUCAGAAACCGAAGAAGAACCGGCUACAACAUCACGAUCUCGACGAAGCGCGCAAGCCAACAAAAAACCAGCUAAAGAAUCCAAAAAAGCUGAAAGUAAAGUAGCUAAAAAAGAAGAGGAAGAAGUGAAAAAAGAAGAAGUUGAAGUUGAAAAAGAGGAAGAGAAUGAUCAAGAAAAAUUAGAAGAAAAUGGAAAAGAAGAGAAAAAAGAAGUGAAAGAGGAGGAAAAGGAAGAAAAUGUAGAAGAAAAUGGAGAUGAAGAAGAGGAGACUACUGAUGGUGAAGAACAAGUUAAAGAAGAAGUGCAAGAACAAAAUCACGAGCAAGAGCAAGAAAAUAAGCAAGAAGAGGAACCAGUUGAGGAAAAUGCUUCGGAAGAGGUAUGUUUUUUACAAGCGAAUUAUAUCAGGGUUAUAACGGGUUCUGGAACAAAGUUCGAGGAAAGAAUUUCAAUGUUCAUUUUCUGCGUCUCUAACUUCGUUUGGAGACUUUCCCAUUAGGAUAAAUGAAGUCCAAGACAUUUUUUGCAAAAUUUUCUGAAUUGCAUUUCACUAUUCAGAUAACCCCUUGUAAAUUUAAUUUUCCAAAAAAAUUCAAAAUAUUUAGGCAACCAAAACCGAUGAAUUUGUUGAAGCCGGACCAUCGGAAGCUGAACCAGAAGUUCUUCUUGGUAGGUAAAUAUUAACACACAUUUUUUUCUAAACCGUGUUUUUACUUUCUAAAUAGUUUUCUGUCUCGAGCCAACCAUUUUUUGUGUGUUGUGAAUUAUCAUUUAAUUAGUACUUAUUCUUGAAACAUUUACAUCCCUACUCACCCAAUUUUAAUACUUUCCAUUCCCACCAAUCGAUAAUUUUCCCCCUAAUUUUCCACCAUUCCGGUCCGCUUUUGUUCCUUCUUCUUGAUCUUCUUUCUCGGUUUUUUCGGUUUGCGUUUGUUUCGCCUAAUAAACCUUGGAAAUAUCUACUUAUGUGUCUACAUAUUUGGUCUUAUUUUAUUACACCUUUAUAUGUAUGUAUGCUGUGUUCCUUUAAUUUAACAAAGCGAGAGAGAAAGAGAGGCGAGUUUCAGGGAAAACUUGGACUCAAUUUUUAAAUUCUGAAAAAUAAUAAAUUGUUCAGGACAGACGACAAAAUUGACGGACGACACGACGGAAUUUUCGGCGAGUUACAAUCUGGAAACAGCGGAAGAGGAGAUGAAUCAAAUGGAGGAGGACGAACAGGAGGAGGAAGUGGAAUUGAUGGAGAAAUUGUAUAUACCAAAACAGACAGAAGCGGAGAGGCAAGCGAUCGAGCAGAUCAAGAGUGAGAUUCGUAAUGAGACUGUUAGUUUUUCUUGGGAUUUUGAAUCGGGAGAAAUGAUAAACUUCACAAAAUAGAAGUAAAAAGAAGAAAAAAUACGUGGCCUAUGGGAUAUACAAGUAUUUUGCAAACGCGCUCUAACGAAUUUGAUUUUUGAAAAUUAUUUUCGCUGGAGCUCAUUUGUUUUACUUUAAAGAAUGUUUACACAUUCAUUAUUUCUGAGCUCGAUCUCCCAAUUACAUAAUUUUUCAGCAAUCUUGGACUCAAAGUGUAGAAGUGGCAUUAAACAGUAGGUCAACUAUCACCGAAGUCACUUUUGCUGGUGAAACUGUGCCAAUUCUAGAACUUUGA